ACAAUCAUGAGACGGGCUUUGCCUUAUUAUAUCUACUCCUUUGGGGGACUUCUGACCUUUGGGAUUCUGUGUUCAUCCUCUACCAACAAAUGCACUGUUAGACACGAAGUAGCUGACUGCAGUCACCUCAAGUUGACUCAAGUUCCUGAUGACCUCCCCACCAACAUAACCGUGCUGAAUCUUACCCAUAAUCAACUCCGAAGAUUACCCUCUGCCAAUUUUACAAGAUAUAGUCAGCUCACUAUCUUGGAUGGGGGAUUUAACACCAUCUCAAACCUGGAGCCAGAAUUGUGCCAAAAACUCCCUUUGCUGAAAGUUUUGAACCUCCAGCACAAUGAGUUAUCUCGUCUUUCUGAUAAAACCUUCAUGUACUGCAAGAAUUUGACCGAGCUCUACCUCAGGUCCAACUCGAUUCAGAAAAUUCAAAAUAACCCCUUUAAAAACCAGAAGAAUUUAAUCAAAUUAGAUCUAUCUCACAAUGGUUUAUCAUCUACAAAAUUAGGAACCCAGGUACAACUGGAAAAUCUCCAAGAGCUUUUAUUAUCCAGCAAUAAAAUUCAUGUCCUGAGAAGUGAAGAGCUUGAUUUCCUUGCCAAUUCAUCUUUAAAAAAAUUAGAGUUGUCAUCAAAUCAAAUUAAAGAGUUUUCUCCAGGGUGUUUCCACGCAAUUGGAAAAUUAUUUGGCCUCUGUCUGAACAAUGCCCCUCUAGGCCCCAGUCUCACAGAGAAGCUUUGUUUGGAGUUAUCGAACUCAAGCAUUCAGAAUCUAUUUCUGAGCAACGUCCAGCUGCUCACAACCAGCAACACGACGUUCACUGGACUAAAGCAGACAAAUCUCACCACGCUCGAUCUCUCCCACAACAAUUUAAAUGUGAUUGGUAAUGAUUCCUUUGCGUGGCUUCCACACCUAGAACACGUGUCCCUGGAGUACAAUAAUAUACAGCAUUUGUCAUCUCACUCCUUCCACGGCCUUUUCAAUGUGAGAUCUCUGAAUUUGAAACAAUCAUUUACUAAAAAAAGUAUCUCCCUUACUUCCCUCCCCAAGAUUGAUGACUUUUCCUUUCAGUGGCUGAAACGUUUAGAGUACCUUAACAUGGAAGAUAAUGAUAUUCCAGGCAUAAAAAGCCAUAUGUUCACGGGAUUGAUAAAUCUGCAAUACUUAAGUUUGUCCAGCUCCUUCUCAAGUUUGCAAACCAUAACAAAUGAGACAUUCUCAUCACUUGCUUAUUCCCCAUUACUUGUACUCAACCUGACCAAAAAUAAAAUCUCAAAAAUAGAGAGCGGUGCUUUCUCUCCAUUGGGCCGUCUGAAAGUACUUGACCUUGGUCUCAAUGAAAUUGGGCAAGAACUCACAGGCCAGGAAUGGAGAGGGCUAGACAAUAUUUUUGAAAUCUACCUUUCCUACAACAAAUACCUGCAACUGACUAGCAACUCCUUUGCUUCGGUCCCAAGCCUUCAGCGACUGAUGCUCAGAAGGGUGGCCCUGAAGAAUGUGGAUGUCUCUCCUUCACCUUUCCACCCUCUUCAUAACUUGACAAUUUUGGAUCUAAGCAACAACAAUCUAGCCAACAUAAACGAUGAAAUGUUGGAGGGUCUUCAGAAACUAGAAAUUCUGGAUUUGCAGCAUAACAAUUUAGCACGCCUCUGGAAACAUGCGAACCCUGGCGGUCCUGUUUAUUUUCUAAAGGGUCUUUCUCGCCUCCACAUCCUUAACUUAGAAUCUAAUGGCUUUGAUGAGAUCCCACUGGGGGUCUUCAAGGACUUAUUUGAACUUAAGAGCAUCGAUUUAGGAUUGAAUAAUUUAAACAUUCUCCCACCAUCUGUCUUUGACUCUCAGGUGUCUCUAAAGUCACUGAGCCUUCAGAAGAAUCUCGUAACAUCAGUGGAGAAGGAUAUUUUUGAACCAGCUUUCAAGAAUCUGAGUAAUUUAGAUAUGAGCUUUAACCCUUUUGAUUGUACAUGUGAAAGUAUUGCCUGGUUUGUUAAUUGGAUCAAUGAGACCCAUACCAACAUCUCUGAUCUGUCAAGUCAUUACCUCUGCAACACUCCACCUCAGUAUCAUGGGUCCCCAGUGAUGCUUUUUGAUACGUCACCCUGCAAAGACAGUGCCCCUUUUGAACUCCUUUUUAUGAUCAACACCAGUAUCCUAUUGUUUUUUAUCUUUAUUAUACUGCUCGUCCAUUUUGAGGGCUGGAGGAUAUCUUUCUAUUGGAAUGUUUCAGUGCACCGAGUUCUUGGUUUUAAAGAAAUAGACAGACAGCCAGAGCAGUUUGAAUAUACAGCAUAUAUAAUUCAUGCCCAUAAAGAUAGGGCUUGGGUGUGGGAGCACUUGUGCCCAAUGGAAGAGAAAGACCACUCUCUCAAGUUUUGCCUGGAAGAAAGGGACUUUGAGGCAGGUGUCCUUGAACUGGAAGCAAUUGUUAAUAGCAUAAGAAGAAGCAAAAAAAUUAUUUUUGUUAUAACACGUCAUUUAUUAAAAGAUCCAUUAUGCAAAAGAUUCAAGGUCCACCAUGCAGUUCAGCAAGCUAUUGAACAAAAUUUGGAUUCCAUUAUAUUGAUUUUUCUUGAAGACAUUCCAGAUUAUAAACUGAACCAUGCACUCUGUCUUCGAAGAGGAAUGUUUAAAUCUCACUGCAUCUUGAAUUGGCCGGUUCAUGAAGAACGGAUAAAUGCCUUUCAUCAUAAAUUGCAAGUAGCACUUGGGUCCAGAAAUUCAGUACAUUAAAUUGAUUGAAAGAUUAAGUUAGUAAAGGAGAGACUUCCUAAAUUUAAAAAGUUCCAUGGUAAAUUUGAGUUUUACUUGAAAGUAAUGCAAUCUGUUUAUUCAUACUUGUAGGUAAUGACAUUAGAGCCCAAUUACAUGUCUUCUGUGCAAAUGUAUCUCCCUAUCCCAGGCCUCUUAUUGGCAACUGACUGAAUUUGACCCCAAAUAAACAUAUAAGCACAUAA